CUCGACGAGCGACCGAUGAGCGGCGCGCCUCAGUCAGUCCAUUCUGAGACGUCGGGUGUUGAGUGUCGCGCUCCACGUCACGCGCGUAAAAUACUCGUGAAACGUCAAUGACGCGAAUCGCUCGAGUCCCGCGUCACGUUGUCCCUGCUCCCUUAUGCACUUGACCGCGAGGCUCGCAGUCUUAUCGUCGCAUUACCGAUUACAGCGAUUACUGCAACCUGUCCGCGGAGACACCUGAACGUCGCAGCGUCUAAUUCAUCGCGAGCGAAAGUUGCGACAAGCGCGCGCUCGCGACAGCAUGGAUCGAUCAUCUAAGUUGAUUCUGCGAAAGCUCAUCGUGGACUUCCUCUGCUUGUUUAUCGUGGGUUUCUCGGUGCUGAUGUUUUACCUAUUUGGUAAACCUUACAAACGUGGCUUUUUCUGCAACGAUGAAUCACUCUAUCACCCGUAUCACGAAUCCACGGUUACGAGCGCGAUGCUGUACGUCAUCGGCCUUUUCCUUCCUAUAUGCACGAUGGCUAUGGGUGAGUACCUGCACGCCAGACAUUUUUCCGGACAAACGGCGAAGGUACUCUUCGGAUAUACUAUACCUCCAUGGUUGUGGAACGCCUACGGAAAGAUUGGUGUGUUUGGUUUCGGCGCGGCCUGCACCGCUUUAACCACAGACAUCGCGAAAUAUACCAUAGGCCGGUUGCGACCGCACUUCAUGAAGCUCUGCAUGCCCAACAUUGACUGCAGCUUGCCUGAAAAUCAGUACAGAUACAUCGAGCAAUUUAAUUGCACCGCAAGCGGGAUUUCGGCCAAAUUGCUAAAGGAAGUUAGAUUAUCGUUUCCCUCCGGACACUCGUCCUUCUCGGCCUACACUAUGAUCUACCUCGCGAUGUAUCUCCAAUUAAGGAUAAAGUGGAAAGGCAGCAAAUUGCUCAAGCACGUGCUUCAACUUAUUUGCCUGUUGAUGGCCUGGUUUACGGCUAUGACAAGAAUUUCCAAUUACAAACAUCAUUGGAGUGAUGUUCUCGCCGGAUCUACUCUUGGCACAAUCGUAGCUUUACUUGUGAUGCAUUGCGUGGCAGAUCUCUUCGCGGAGGAGAGAGAGAGGCAUUCUUCCACGGAGAAGCAUCGACCUACCGAUUACGAAACGGAAACUGGCGUCGCCAGCACACAGUUAUCUCUGAGAAGCUAAGGUGUCCGGAUUUUUGUUUGGGGAACAUCAGACCAGAUUUCUCGUCUGGACGUACACGUUGGCGUAGCCUUCUCCAGCCCUGGAUUCUCUCUAGUGCGACGAAUUUUAGACACUUCAAGAAUAUACUUUUUUUAAUUCCAAAUAGCAAAUUGUCUAAUAUUGUUUUUUAGGAAUGUUUCUCGACAAAUAUCAACAUCUCCUCGCCGUAUUUCCUUUUCCAACAUUGUUAUAUAAGCUCUCGUCCUUCUCGGACGAAAACCCUCGUUAACGCUCUGCUGAUGUUGUAGAGAAAAAGAGAGGAAAAAGGGAAUAGAGUGCAAUGUAGCUACAUUUUGCGAAUAUUUUUUAUUUCGUUGAGCUUUAAUUGAUUAUGCGAACGUGUUUGACGUGAAACGCGAUGUAUUUUAUGUGCAGCGAAGAGCGAUCAUUUUUUAUUUUAUGCCUUUGUCUUAGCUUAUUGUAAUGUUUGAAGGGUAGAUGUGCGCUUAAAAAUUUACGUUUGUGAUGUUUCUUGCGGCUGAUUAGCCAAAGGCGAGAAAAUCUCGUCGCAAAAAAUCAGUCGGUAUUAACUGAAACAGAAAAGAAAAUUAUUUUCAUAAGUAAUAUUUAUAGAAUUUUAAGUAAUAACAGUGAAGAUAUUUAUUUCUUUACAUCGUAACAUAUAUUUAUUUUUAAUCGCGAAUUGGUGCUUCAAGAUUUAGCAUAAUAUACCGAUCAUCUUUUUAAGAAAAAUCGUUCUUUUAUUACGAGCAAUGAAAAAUUGAUGAUCGAAAAUAUUGUUUUGUAUUAUAUUAAUAUACGUAUAACAUGUAUCUUAAGUAUAUUGUUUACAUUACUUUUAAAAUUAAGAAGAUAGUAAGGCUCUCUUAUGUAAAAACACGAUUUCAAAUAUCGUGGACUAAGAGCCAGACGCGAAUGGAUGUUCGUCAGUUUUACAGAAAAUUAAUUCCUCUGUGAAACUGAUUAAUAUGCAUAGAAUAUAGAACAAUUUUUCUUGAUUAACUCAAAAUUUGAAAUCUCCUUUCGAGAUUUCCUUUGAAAAGAUCUGACAAAAAAAUAUCAGGUCGAAAUCGCUGAAUCAGGCAUUGAACCACGACUCUUACAUUAUCUUUCACUCUUUAUUAUUUUAGCAGCUUGUUUAUAGCGCGCGAUAGUUAUUGAAACAUUUGUACGCGUUAUAUGCAAGAGACAAGUACGUCUCUAGGAGCUUUUUAAGUUUGCUAUU